UUAAUAGGAGGGCUGUGUUGCAGUGUGAGCAUGAGACAGUCGUGCUUGCGCGUGUGUGCGUUAAGUGUCAAGGCCUGAUUAUUCUGAAAUUGGGUGGCCUGAUUUUUGCUGUCUGUUCGGAAGGGCUCGCCAUGGUGCAGAGCAACGGACUAUAUGGCUAUAAGCCGAGAUGCCUCCGGUCCCUCUGGAAGUGGGAGCGGAUUGGGGAAGGGCCGACUGUGACCGCCAUCCUGGACUACAGUCAUAGCCGACGAGAGGCAAAGCUAAAGGUAAACGUUGAAGGGGGAAAGGAGGAGGAAAUGAGGGCAGACCAGGGUCUGCAGUUAGCGAUUACGGAGGCCAAAGACCCUGCUGAGAGGAGGUGUAGGAGAGAUGGGGUCACGGACGAGAUCAAGGUGAAGAUCACUUACUUGGAGGCGGAGACAUCAACGGACACGGUGGAACGAGAUCAGGAACACCUGGACCGGGACACUGAGGCGGAGAGUGACGCAAGUGACCUGAACGCGGAGACCCAAGGUCUGGGCGAUCGAUCGGUUAGGGUUAAGGCUAAGGAAGUGAGGAAGAUUGUUAGAAAAACUAGAUUACCAGUCAUCUAUCUUAAGGAGACGAAAAUCUUAGAGUCCAGGAUGAGGGGGGAUGGGUUGUCCCUUACUGAAUUUGGUCUCGGGGGCCCUUUCCAAUUAUGGGCUCUGACAGUAGGGACUAAAGGGGGAGUCGCAAUUAUUUUGACGAGGUUUUUCAUGGGCAAAGUCUUGGAUUUCUUCUGGGAUACAUUGGGAGAUUGGGCGUGGGUGUUCAUUGAAGAAGGGGGGAGGAAGUUGUUGGUGGCCACAAUUUAUGCUCCAGUGGAUGUCACAGAGCGCAAGUGGUUUCGGAGGAACUUUACGGCCUGUCUUCUGGAGACGGAUGCCAUGCUACUCAUUGGGGAUUUUAAUACGGUCAUUCGGCCGGGUAGGGACUCAGUUGUGUCGGGGGACCCAAAGCCGGAUGCGGACGCCUUGUGUGCCUUAAUGACUGAUAUGGCUUUGGUGGAUGCCUUUCGCAGAAUUUUCCCGGAUGACAGGAGUUUCACUUGGUUUGGGACCUCCCCUCUCCUACGAAGCAGGUUGGACAUGGCAUGGAUUUCGCCUGACCUCUUGCCGAACCUUCAGGGUUUUGACCAGCAGUUGGUGCCGAUAUCGGACCACAAGCUUAUUGUCACUUCGCUGGCCCUGCAUCCCCGAGUGCUCAGAAGGCCCCCUCCAAUGUCUAUUCCGACAUGGUUGUUGUCUGAUGCUCUUAACAGUGAACUUGUCCAACAACACUGGGAGUAUCGGCUUCGUUUGCGUCCUCAUCAUAUGUCGUUCCUGGAGCAUCUCCAGCACGGCAUCCGGGCCUCGGCGGCAAAUAUGAAGAGGAGGGCUAAGGCUUCGAGGCACGCGCAUGAUCAGACGGGUCAGGAGUACGUCUGCCGGAUGGAGGCGCUGGGCGAAAUUCCGCCAGCAGGGGGUGAGGAUGAAUGGUGGGCGGAGUGGGUUCUGUUGCAUUCAGAGUGGGCUAGCUGGCAGGCCCGUGAUGCGGAGCUGUGGGGGCUCAGCUCUAAGACUAAGUCGGUACGGGACGCAGAGCGCAUGUCCAAGGCAUUCUUUGCCCGAAUGAAGAGAACGUCUCAUUCGUCGUUGAUUGUGGCGAUGGGGCAUCCUUUUGAUCCGCUUGAGGGGAAAGCGGAAAAUACUGCUGACAUCCUCAGGUACGUCGAGCUGUUUUAUGAAAAUCUGUACCGUGAAGAUGAGUGUUGGCCGCAGGAGGACAUGGCCGCUGUGCCGACUAAGGAUGUGUGGGAUAAAUGUGCCAUCCGAGUGACGCUAGAGCAUAGGGCUUCUUUGGAUGUGCCCAUCACUCAUGAGGAAGUAGCACGGGCUCUGUCUGGGAUGCACAGGGGUAAGGCGCCAGGCCCAGAUGGUUUGUCGGCCGAGUAUUUGAUGAUUGCGAAAUCAUGUCUCUCAUGCCAGGCCAGAAGUAGAACUUGACAGUCUUAGAGUAGGUUGCCUCAGCAGCUCUGUGGCCACCUGCAACCCCCUCAUGUAGAACAACAAUUAUCUCCAGUUGUC